GUAAAGCCUCAGCCAAGAAACUGACAAAAAAGGAGGUAGAUGCUGCACUGCUGUGUGUUGCCAAAGCUAAACCAGGACCGACCUUUUUUAGAGAGCUUGGUGAUAAAGGGUUGAUAUCUUAUGCAGAGUACCUAUUUUUGCUGACAAUCCUCACGAAACCCCAGACUGGAUUUCAGAUUGCCUUUAAAAUGUUGGAUACAGAUGGCAAUGAACAAGUUGAAAAGAAAGAAUUCUUUAAGCUACAGAGAAUCAUUGGGAAGGAAGAUGAUUUGAAAAUAGCUGGAGACGAAACAGUAUUUCGGGGAGCAGAACUGGAAAGCUCUGGUGUUAAUACCAUGUUGCUGGUACAUUUCUUUGGAAAAGAAGGAAAGGAAAAACUUCGCUAUACUGAGUUUUUCAGAUUCAUGGAAAAUCUGCAAACAGAAGUCCAAGAAAUGGAAUUCAUAAACUUUUCAAAGGGUUUGAAUGUCAUGAGAAAAGAAGACUUUGCAGAAUGGUUACUGUACUUCACCGAUGAGGAAAACAAUGAAAUUUACUGGCAGAAUGUGAAAGACAGAAUUGAGGCAGGAGAGAAUAUCAGUUUGGAAGAAUUCAAGACUUUCUGCAAGUUUACAAACAACUUGGAAGACUUUUCUAUUGCCAUGCAGAUGUUUACUGUAGCCAAUCGUCCUGUUAAACGGGCUGAGUUCAAGAGAGCAGUGAAGGUGGCAACAGGACAGGAGCUCUCAGAUAAUGUUUUGGAUACCAUCUUCAAGAUUUUUGAUCUAGAUGGAGAUGACUGCCUGAGCCACAGCGAGUUUCUUGGAGUCCUGAGGAACCGAAUUCAUCGAGGUUUGAGGGUACCGCAACAGCAAGGCAUUCAGGGUUACUGGAAGUGUGUGAAAAGAGAAAGCAUUAAAGGAGCCAAAGAAGUGUGGAAGCAAACUGGGAAAAGUCCCUUUUAA